AUGGCUUCCAAGGCGAACGACCACUACCUGACACUUUCCUGCCCGGACAAGCCUGGUAUCGUGCACGCUGUCACCGGACUGUUGGCCAAGCAUGAGCUCAACAUUCUUGACUUGCAACAAUUCAGUGACCCUACCUCAGAGAAGUUCUUUAUGCGCGUGCACUUUGGCCAUGCCGAAAACACUGAGCACCUGAAGCCUGAGAUCACCGAGCUGGCCCAGCAGAUGAAGAUGGACUACAACAUUCGUCCCGUUUCUGCUAAGCCUCGUGUUUUGAUCAUGGUUUCCAAGAUUGGCCACUGUCUCAAUGACUUGCUGUUCCGUCAAAAGAACAAGCAAUUGCAAGUCGAGAUUCCUCUCAUCGUCUCCAACCACCCUGACUUUGAGCCCCUUGCCAAGAACUACGACAUUCCCUUCCACCACCUUCCCGUCAACAAGGACACCAAGCUGCAGCAGGAGAAGCAGAUUCUGGACCUCGUCAAGGAGAACAACAUUGACCUUAUCGUUCUGGCCCGCUACAUGCAAGUCCUGACCCCCGGUCUCUGCGAAGCAAUGUCUGGCAAGAUCAUCAACAUUCACCACAGUUUCUUGCCUUCAUUCAAGGGCGCCAAGCCCUACCAUCAGGCCUACGAGCGCGGUGUCAAGAUUACUGGUGCCACUGCCCACUUUGUCACUGCCGACCUUGACGAGGGCCCCAUUAUUGAGCAGAGAAUUGCUCGUGUCAACCAUGCCAUGUCUCCCAAGGAUCUUGUCGAGGAGGGAUCCAAUGUCGAGGCUCAGGUCUUGGCCGCCGCCGUCAAGUGGUGCUGCCCGCUCUGCCUGGCGUUUUUCGUCUCCAAAAUUUCCACCAACUUGAACAAGCCUCUGUCAAUUCACACCAACACACAAAACUCAAUCACAAAUCCAAUCACCAUCAACAUGUCCGGAGCCAUCCCUACCAGCACCUCGGUCACCGAGUCGACCGUCAUCAAGGCCCCUCUCUCGCACGUCUGGCACUUCAUCAAGCUCCAGGACUUCAACAAGUUCUGGUCUGCUCUCGACAAGGCCGAGCACUCCAAGGGUACCUCUGACGAGACCGAUGUCGUCAAGUGGCACUUCAAGGACGGCACCGUCAUCGAGGUCAAGCAGGAGGAGCACUCUUCGCUCAACCACUACAUCACCUACUCGGUCAUCACCGCCAACCCCGCCCUGAGCUACACCUCUGUUGUCAGCACCAUCCGCUGCUACGCCGUCACCUCUGGCGAGAACGAGAACAGCACCUUUGUCCAGUGGACCGCCAACUUCUCGUCUGACGCCGAUGCUGGUGUCAUCGAGGACGCCAAGUUCAAGCGCCGCGAGGCCCUCGCCGACCUCGCCAAGGCCGCCAAGCAGAUGUAA